AUGAAUUGGUGUCUUACCAGACAUCUGAUCCGGAAGACUUGGGAUAAAUUAUCUGGCGUGGCGGACUCGCUGCAGGGCCUGCAGGGGCUCAUGAACGAGUGUGGUGCAAUGGGAGAGGCCCUGGGGCUUAGUUUCAGUUCGCACAAGUCUGGGCUGAUGGCCUUUGGGGCAGCAGAGGAAAACGGGACCGCCAACCUGUCCAUUCAAGCCAAUCCUGUACCUUGGGUGGACCACUACAAAUAUCUGGGUGUAAACCUACAGAAGGGACACCACUACCUCCUAGAGCACGAGACGAAGGUCAAGGCGAAGAGCAGGAAGAACAAGGGCAUAGCAACGGCCAGGGCCCUCUGGGGAUAUAACCGAUACGAGGUAACCCGAGCGGUCUGGAAGAUGGUGGCGGUGCCGGGGCUCACUUUUGGCAACUCAGUGUUGUGCCUGUCAUCAGGUACCAGGCAAUACCUCGAGGUCCGACAGAGGGAGGUGGGAAGGACGGCACUGGGAGCAAGCCGAACAGCACCGAACGAAGCCGUCCAAGGAGACAUGGGCUGGUCCGGUUUUGAGGCCAGGGAGGCCCGAGCCAAGCUGGACUUCGAGCGACGCCUCAGCCGGAUGAGCGAAGAGCGUUGGGCCAGACAGGUCUUCAAGUAUGUACAUCUUCGGUCCGUCCCAACCCGGUGGGUGCGACGGACGCGCCAGCUGGCACAGCGAUACGAGGUCAACGGCCCACUCCUCUACCCAGCCGCGGAGCAGCCGGAACUGCAGCAGAGCAUCCGCACGAGGGUGAUCGAGAGCGAGACACGGCGAUGGGCGGAAGCGGCACGUCUGAAACCAGCGCUGGCCCUGUAUGCCAGAGAGAAACAGGAGGUGAAGCGAAUACCUUUCAUGGACAACAGCAAGGGCAGUGCACUGCUUUCGGACGCCCGAGGCGGCAUGCUGCGGACCCGCGUUUUCCGCGCGAAGUACAUGGACAUGGAAGUGAAGUGCGUCAUGUGCGCGCAGGGAGCAGACGAGACGGCGGAACACGUCAUACUGGAAUGCACGGGUAUAAAGCCGGACGUGACGUACGAACCAGACAUGGCGGUGGCGCUGGGUUUCCGGGGCGUUGACGAACAGUACGACGCCGACAGCUCGCAGCAAGUGGAGGUGACAAAGAGGAGACUGGAGUGUUGGUGGAGGAGAGCAAAAGAACACAACUACGUUUUUGGCUAGUGUAGCUACUAGCCAGGCUAGAUCCAGCGCUGCUGAGAUCCCCCG